AUGCCCGGGUGCUUCAAGAAAACCAUAUUCUCCUUGGCUGCCGCUUGUAGCUUCGCAUCGUUUGUGCUUAUCAUUGUUGCCAUGGCUACUCAGAAAUGGAUGACUGGAAAGAUUCUAUGCCAGACGGGAGUCGAUCUGGUCAAUGCUUCAGAUCCGGAGCUGGUGAAGUUUAUUGGGGACAUCUACUACGGGCUCUUCCAAGGUGGCAAAGUGAGGCGAUGUGGAUUGGGAAAACGCACGUUCACAUUUAAAAUAUUUCCGGAUAUGGUGAAACAGCUGAACACUGCUCUUCAUGUCUUCAUUAUCCUCUUCCUGUGCACCGCCAUUUCUUUUGCUCUGAUCAGUUUCGGGUUCUGUAUUUACAAUGCGCUGAAAGUCCCUUAUCGGUCAAUUAAAGGUCCAGCUGGUAUAUGUCUCUGGAACUUCAUUGCAGGUCUAUUCAUAGUGUUUGCGGUGACCAGCUUCAUAGCCGCAGUCCAGCUCCACCGCCUGACAGAUCGGGUAGCUAAUUUCAGUGAAAACGUCUUCACGAUCGUUAUUCUAGAGGAGAAGUAUGAAGACUCCUUUUGGGUCUGUGUUGCUAGUGGAGCAAUGCAUGCUGUCAAUAUGCUGCUCAUGGCGGCCACCGCAAUACGCUUACCCAAGCUGAAGACUAAAACGGAAGAGGCAAACGUAACUGCAGAGGACAUUAUGUAUUAA